GCCAGCCAUCAGAACGGGGAUCGGAGAACGGAGUGAAUCAAGCUGUCAAACAGAUGUGAAAAAAGUGUCUGCGAAUGUACGCGUAAAGUGGCUAAGCGGCAUUUAUUCGGUUCACUAACCGGGAGAGUGAAUGAUGAUUCUGUGGGGUUUAAAUAUCAACUUCUUAUUCUUCUUCUUUCCCAUCCAUCACUUCCCACUCUUUUACUCUUCAUAACAUCAUGCCUCCUUCUGCUAAGCAAGGUCAACGUACAUACGAUGUAGUGCUCUUUGGAGCAACCGGAUUUACAGGUAAACUUGUCGCUACUUACCUCACCUCACAUUCCGGCAAACCAAAAUGGGCAAUGGCAGGUCGAUCAAAAGAACGUUUAGAAAAAGCAAGAAAAGAACUAAACAUUGAUUCAAAGAUUGGCAUUAUCGAAGCAGAAAAUUCAAACAGCGAAUCAUUACGCAAUCUAGCAAAACAAGCUCGUUGUGUUAUCAAUGUUGUCGGACCUUUUCGAUUAUUAGGAGCGGAAGAAUUGGUAAAGGCAUGUAUCGCAGAAGGAACCCAUUAUGUCGAUUUGAGUGGUGAAACUGGCUUUAACGAAUCUCUGAUCAAAAACCAUCAUGAAUCAGCCAAAAAAGCAGGCGUAAUAAUCACACCUUCUGUUGGCUUGGACAGUUUACCUUCGGAUAUUUCGACCUAUUUGGCAGUUCAACAUUUAAAGAACGAAUUGGGUGCACCAGGUGCAGAAGAAGUGAUUGUCGCUUUGAAAGAAGCACCAAUCUUUUCUACCGGAACAGUUCAUUCUGCUUGCGAUAUGGCUGAUGAAGAUAAAACUCAAUUACAAUUCUGUGACGAAAGUAGGUUGGCAACACGCAAGCCAGUCAAACCGAUGAGCAAUACAGCUGCAAUUUGGCUGCCUCAAUUCAACGCAUACGGCGGUGGAUACGUUUUGAGCCCCCAUAAUGUACGAACAGUUUAUCGUUCUUGGAGUUUAUUGGAAGAUGCUGAAGGAAAGGAUGCAUAUGGUGCUAAUUUCUCAUACGAAGACACAUUAGUAGGAGGAUCAUGGGUAUUUUCGCAAGUUCAAAAUCGUGUUCAAAAUGUUGCAGGAUUGUUCUUGAACAACCUUCCUCCAAUCCGAUGGGCUUUGCGAAGAGUAUUGCCAACAGGAGGAGGCCCUUCAGUCAGUAUGCAAAACAGAGUCAAGACUGAUGCUCGAGCAUGGGCACGCUAUGGACAGAAACAAGCCGUCUCAAUUUUCAAAGCACCAGGUGAUCCAGGCUACAAGAUGACAGCAAGAAUGAUUUCUGAGGUAGCAUUGGCAACCGCUUUGGAUCAUGAUCGACUUCAUCCAUUGGCAAAAGAAGGAGGUGUCUUAACAGCAGCAACAACUGGAGCAAACAUCAUUUGUGAACGAUUGAAAAAGUAUGCCGAUUUCGAGUUCAAGACGGAAACAUUUUCAGAACCUUGAUGGAUAUUCCGUAUGUAGGUAGUAAUGUAUGCAUUGUCAUGUCUUGUCAUUUAUUGAGCGUAAGAAGCGAUAGCUUCAAUUUCGAUGUCAACAUCAAGAGGUA